UCAAAACGAGUCGUCGCAGUUCCCAAAAAAUAUACUGAUGUGUUCGCUUUUCUGGCUGUAAUUUAACCAACUGCAAAUAUAUCUUUAAUGUGCUUUUCUGUGUCUCCAAAAAGUGCGCAAUUGAGUGUUCAAGUUCCGAUGUGAAAAAGUGCUUUGCGGUUCCAGUUGGAAGCCACAAUUUUCUCGACUAAAAAAAGAACAGCGCCUCGGGGAGUGUGAGAGCGAUAUGCGUGGACCGCUGCCCCACUGGAGACCCUGAAUUUCGGAACUCCCAGCCACUAUAGCUUCUUGACUGUUCUGUGAGGAAAAACCCUUCUCCGAACCGGCAAGAUGAGCCUGUGGCGGAACCUGCGCUCCCUGGAGACCCGCAAUCUGGACUUGGCCCUCGGCCAACGGGAAAACCAAUUGGUGGCCGGCCACCUUCCCUCGGCCAUUUUCCGCCAGCGGCUGAGUGCAGCGGAGAAUCUCUACCAGCGCAACCUCACCGGUCACUAUGGCUGCGUGAAUGCCCUGGAGUUCAGCCCCGGUGGUCAGCUCCUGGCCUCAGGUGGCGACGACAAGAGGGUCUUGCUGUGGAACAUUGACCGCGAGGUGGUGUCCAAACUGGGGAAGCCCCGCUCCAUGAACGAGAAGCAUGCCAGCAACAUAUUCUGUCUGGGAUUCGACACCCAAAGCACACACAUAUUCUCCGGGGGAAACGAUGAUUUGGUCAUCCAACAUGACCUGGAAACAGGAAAAAUCCUCAACCACUUUUCGCACGAUGGACCCGUCUAUGGCUUGAGUGUGGACAGGACCAGUGGCCAUCUCCUGAGCGUGGCCACGGAGCACGGCGAGAUCCUGGUCUACGAUCUGAGGGCGGGAAAGUCGGAACCCCUGGCCCUGGCCAAAUUCAAGACGCCCUUCAAUGCCGUGGAGUUUCACCCACUGAACGGAAACUUCCUGGCCACAGCGAAUGCCAAAAGGGGAGCCAUGCUCUGGGAUCUGAGGCACCACCAGCAGGCCCUUUGCCAGUACAACUACAUCCCGGAGUCACCCAGUUGCAUGAGCGUGCGCUUCAAUUGCAACGGCACCCUGCUGCUCACCCUGCACCGCCGCCUGCCUCCGAUCCUCUACAGCCCCGGGGCACCGGAGCCGGUGGCCACCUUCUACCACGACGAGUACUUCAACUCCUGCACCAUGAAGAGCUGCACCUUUGCGGGGCCGCAGGAUGAGCUGGUGGUCUCCGGAUCGGACAACUUUAACAUGUUCAUCUGGCGACUGGAUGGGGUGGAUUUGGAGGAGAAGAACCAGUGGAUGGAGACCCAGCCCCUAAUCCUCACCGGUCACCGUUCCAUAGUCAACCAGGUGCGCUACAAUCGACAGCGCUGUCUGUUUGCCUCCUCCGGCGUGGAGAAGAUCAUUAAGCUGUGGAGUCCCUUUGCCCAGCAGGGCUGGGAGGGAUCCCUCACCCAAGCCGAGGCUUUGCCCUACUGCAGCCGCGCCCUGCAUCGCGAGUCCUCCGAUCACGUGUCCCAGGACUUCAGUGCCCGUAACACGGACGAGGACCAGGUGAUGCUGGCCUUCUUCGACACCCUGGUGCAGCGCGAGCUGGAGUCCUGGAGCACGGUGGACAACCAGAGCAGCUCCAGCAGCAGCUCGGCCACCUCCACGGAGCGGAGCGAGGCCAGCUCGGCCACAGAGGAUCCGAGUGAAGAGGAGCGCGAAAGGGACGCUCAGGAGCCUCAUCCCCAGCAGGACCAGGAUGAAGACAACGAGGAGCAGGACGCCGACACACCCAAUGUCAGCGAACUAAGCUGGCAGACCCAUCCCAACCGCAUAUUCUACCUAAUCGCCAAGAAGCGACGAGCCCUCCUCCAGUUGGCCGUGAGGGGGACCACUGGACAGCCGCGCAACGUGGACCAGUUGCUCCAGCGGCUGCUCAGCGAGCAAAAGCAGGCGGCCACGCAGGCGCGGAUCAGCGACUGGCUGGAGGAGACACAUCGCAUCUUCGGGGACGACGAGCUGCCCACCACGUCGGCGGAGGCGGCGGCCCGGGAGCAGCGACGUCGGACUCAGGAAUUGAAAGCAGUUGAUACCCUGCAAUCCAGAAUCGGUGAAAGGCAACGCAAGCGAAAAUUGAAGAGCCAUCGGUUUUUGGCCACCAAACACAGGAGAACCACCCUUCGACUACGUCCCACCGAAAUGGAGGACAGUGGCGCUUCGAACGACACAGAAUAUCUGGAGGAGAACAAUGGCAACUCGGACGAGGAAGAGCCCCUGUCCUCGGGCGACAAUCACAACAAUAACACCACUGAAAGCGCACUCAGCGAAGAGGAGGAAGACAGUAGUUCCUCGACAACCUCGAUGACCUCCAUGGAGGCACAGUUGUCUCAGGCGCCCAGCACAUCCAGUUCGUUUCCUUUUCUUCCCGAACUGGAGGCCAACAACAACAACAACAGCCAGCUUACGUCCAACCGUAAUCACAAGACAGUCAAUGGUCUAAUUCCGGAUAUUUGUAAUACAGAGUCAACGGCAUCCACAUCCUCAUCCAUGUAG